AUGAGUGAUGAAGAUUUGAGCGAUUCGGAAAGUGAAAAUAACCAAGAGGAAGACGAGGAAUUUACAUCAGAUGAUGAACAGUUAACUGAUAAUGAAUUUCAGGAAUCAGAUAUAGAAGAUACAAUUCAAAGUGACGAUAAUAUUGAAGAAUUCGAACAAGGACUAACAAUAUCUAAUAGAAUGAGAGUGAAACACGCACGUAAAUUAUUUUUCGAUGACAAACAAAAACAAUAUAAUUCAAUAAUAGCUAAAGAAGUUUCUCAAAAAGUUAAAGAAAAAUGGACAGAUAUUAUGGAUACGGUAGGAGAACAAUCAAUGUUUGAGUUUAAUAUUUUAAAAAGUUUGGUAAAUGGUGAUAGUCAAUCUACCAAAGGGACUAGUACAACACAUACAGAAGAAUUAGAAAUUAAACAAAAAGGAGAUGAAUGGGACUAUACAAUUGGAUUGAAAGAGGAAAUUGAGAAAUCGCUCAACUCUAUUGAUGAUAAGGAAGAAACAAGCGAUACAGAAGAAAAUGAAUCAGAAGAGGACGAAGAAAUUACUGAUGAUGAGGAUUGA